AUGGGCAUGCGCGAACUGGUGGAGUACUGUGGCAGAAAGGAGGUUAAUGGGGAAGGGGUUGUCAUGAUGAACAUGAACGAGAAGUGUGAUGAGGAGGCCUUUGCGAAGAAGCUUUUUGAGGUCGUGAAGGAUACCGAAUAUCCACACGUGAUGUUUGAGAAUGUGAUGCUGUGA